AGUGAAACGGAAGCAGUGCGGUUAUCUUCCUGUAGCAGCAAUAAACGUGGCUCUCGGUUCAAACGGAUACUGGUACUUAUCAUUAAUAGGCAAAUUGAAGCCCGUGACGGUAGAAAAUAAAUAAUAAUCGAGGGUAAGACGGAAUAUUGACCGCGUGUUAAGACACGCGAAUUGUAGUUUGUUGGAGGAAUGUUUAUAUCUAGACUUUGAGCGCAUUAUAGUAUAACUUAUACCCUAAAAUUAAUUACAUGCACAAAGCAUGUAUGUCGCGUGUGUUUUGUUUCAAGUCUCCUCGCUCCACGACUUAGACAUAUCUCCAAAGAGAAAGCGAAAGUGUUUCUUGCCCAGCCAGGAAGGAAGCACGAGCGCGCUCGCAAGCGCACACACGCAAACACACACGCACGCGCACACAGUGACUACUACGUGUGUGUAGUUCUUAAAAUGUGUAUACAGCCCUGGCAGGACAGUCAUACUCGGACAGUCUGGACGCAUUGGAUAUGCGCGCAUCCAUACUAACCUUCAUCUUCAUCAUAUCUGAAUAUUCCAUCAUCACUGGAGGAUAUGGAAAUUGUGGGAAUCCUAAUGUGAUCGAUAAUGCAGAGAUAAAAACAAAUGUCACUGUUCAGAAGUUCCGCAUGUCUUGUAAAGAAGGAUACGUGAGAAAAGCUGGAACUUCCAACCUCUUCCAAUGUAACAAAAGCAAAUGGAUCAACGAGCCUCCUCUAAAAUGCAUACGUGAUCCAAAACGGCCACUUCCAGUUGCAACCACAUUGAUCAGCACUUCUCAUUCACCUGUCACUCUGUCAUGGUCCAGUCCAACACCAAAGACACAUCAAACUCCUACAGAACCAGAAAGCAUUUCCACAACAUCUGGGAAAAUUGUCUUCACAGCAACACACACAGCUUCCACAACAUCAUCGACGUCCUACCAAAGCUCUCAGAGGACCACAGCAAUGGAGGAAACACCUCUGGCAACAUCCAUUACGGCUAGAAUUACAGCUUUACCCACAACUGAGAAAGAAAAUCUGACCACAGUAUCCUCACAUACCCCUAGCAGCAUUUCUACUACAAGCACUGCAGUUGCUGGCAAUAAGUCUCAUGGAAUUGCAACUGAACUGGAUAGUUCCACGAAGGGCAUCACUGCAGGGAUUAUAAUACUUGUCAUUAUUGCUGGUUUGGCAGCAACCAUAGCCAUUCUUUUUUGGCGUAAACGUUCAAAGCUACGGAGCACUUCACAUCCUAUAGAAAUGACGAUCCAGAAUCCUGGCUCAGAUCAGCCCUUAAUAAUGGCCUCCCCUAUCACGAGCAGCUGUCCUCCAGACUCCGUCCAACCUCCAUUCACUCCUUUUGAAGACUCUCCUAAGUGCAUAUAUACAAAUGCUCCCCUUUCUGCUUAAAAUGCGGACCAGGGCAAGUUAAAUAGAAAUUAUUUCAUGUGUGGCCAACAGCAUUAUGAUCAAAAAAGCCAUAUGUACAAUAAAAAUGCAGUAUACAUUCUUGAAACAAUGAAAACUACAUGAAAGUGAAUGACAGGAAUAAAAAAAAUUAUACUUCUGAGCAUCCUUCAGUGUAAUGGGCAGUUUUAUUCUAAUAUUUUCUAGCUCAUUCUGCUCAUUUCUGCACAGGUUCAGCUUUAUUUGCUUUAUCUAUGUUGCAUGACAUGUGUAUGUGCUCUCAGUAAUUUGUCAGAGAUAUGUGUUCACUUAAAGUGCAGAAAUGGCCUUUAAUCUAAUUAAUUAUGAAAUGUUAUUCAUAUUCAGGUAAUAUUUUGGUAUUUUAUAUUUUAUUUUAAGUUUUUUUUUUUUGCAGUAAAUAUAGGAUACAGGUAGCUUUUUAUCUUGUUAAACAGGCAGUGAUGAUUUUUUUUUAUUUAAAAAAAUAUAUAUAUAGGGUUAUAUUGACCCUAUAUAAAUAUGUAAUAAAUGUGUUGUGGCAUUUAUUAUGCAGCUGUAAACAUUAACCAAUAUGAACAUUUUGGGUAAUGUUUUUGCUGUUGGACCUGAGGAGUUAAAGUAAUAUAGAAGUUUAAUAAUUAGUCUUUGUGCCCUAGCAGACUGUUUGAUAUGAAAAAAAAAAAAAAAAAAGAAUAUGCAUUGAUGUGCUUGCUUUAAGUUUAUUUAUAUGUAUGGAGCAUGGAGAAAUCAUUGUAAUAUUAUUCUUGUACAUAAUCAUAUAUUUUCAGAAAAACAAUGAGCAAUCUUAUGAUUUCCAUGUUAAAUAAAAUCAUUACACCAUACAACGGA